AUGGACGCAUAUACCUUAUCGCACACAUCCACAUCUCUCCUCGCUCGCUCCGAUAGCACCAGUGAUCGACCCGGAUGGUACAAAGCUGUCGGAAUUUCAUUAGCAGCAGCGUCGGGCGUCUUCAUUGGAAUCUCAUUUGUUCUAAAGAAGGUUGGACUUCUCAGAGCAAAUGUGAAAUAUAAUGAAGAGGCAGGUGAGGGAUAUGGAUACUUGAAGAAUUUCUUCUGGUGGUCUGGAAUGACCUUGAUGAUUAUUGGCGAGAUCUGCAACUUUGUUGCCUAUGCUUUCGUUGAUGCGAUCUUGGUUACUCCCCUCGGAGCCCUGGCUGUGGUCAUUUGCACGAUUCUCUCGGCGGUUUUCUUGAAAGAAAGGCUGAGUUUCGUGGGGAAAGUUGGAUGUUUCUCGUGUAUCGUUGGAUCGGUUGUUAUUGCUCUGAAUGCGCCAACACAGUCCUCCGUUAGCAAUAUUCAGGAAAUGCAGCACUAUGUUCUUUCGCCUGGGUUCCUGGUUUAUGCUGGGCUUAUCAUCCUUGGUGCUCUGUUUGCUGCGUUUUGGGCAGGUCCACGAUAUGGCAAGCAGAGCAUGUUUGUCUAUCUCAGCAUUUGCAGUAUGAUUGGUGGAUUGAGUGUGGUUGCGACUCAGGGUCUGGGGUCUGCUAUUAUCGCCUGGAUUGGUGGUGAGCCUCAGUACAAGGAGUGGUUUCUAUGGGUUUUACUUGUCUUCGUGAUCUGCACAUUGCUGACCGAGAUUAUCUAUCUUAACAAAGCCCUAAACCUCUUCAAUGCCGCUCUCGUUACGCCGACCUACUAUGUCAUGUUCACAAGUGCCACGAUUGUGACUUCCGCCAUUCUCUUCAGGGGUUUCAAGGGCAGUGCCACCUCGAUUACAACUGUGAUCAUGGGUUUCUUCCAGAUUUGUACUGGUGUAGUUCUCUUGCAGAUAUCAAAAUCUGCAAAGGAUGUACCAGAUGCGGCUGUGUUCAAGGGUGAUCUGGAUCAAAUCCGUGAAGUUGUUACUCAGGAAGAACCCGAAUCAGAGCCUAGAGCCGACUCAAUCCGUGGCGCCGCCUCGAUCAUCCGUCGUAUCUCGACUGCCCGCCGUACUAUGGAAUCAGAGGAAGCGCGACGCUUUUUCCACGAUAAACAUGAAGAUACUCUGAAGCCGCCUGGUGAAAACGAGAUCAUUGAAUGGGAUGGCCUUCGUCGACGAAAGACAGUUCUCGGAAAUGGUCCCACAAUGUCUCGUACACCCACUCCUCGAACACCUUCCAUUAAGCAACAGUUCCCACCACUUGGAAUGUCACACUUCCCUGGACCGGAAGAUGAAAAUGAUCAUCGACCAACCACCAAGCAGAGUGGGCAUUCGCUUCUUACUGAUAUUCGGUCCCGAGCUUCGAGCGUUCUUGGUUCUCAAUGGAUUCCUCUGGAGGAGCAGGAACUGGAUGAAAAGCAUAAUAUCUCAGCGUCUCCUCAAGGCGAUGCAAUGGACACAGAGUACCAUGGUGCCACUCGUCGUAUGGGCCGAGAGCGCAGCGACACUCCCCGCUCAAUUGCCUGGGCCGACGAGAGAGCCGAGGAAAGCCAGGGUCUUCAGCCACCGACAGAUGCUGCGCGUCGCCAGUUCUCCUUCAACUCGAUGUUCAACCGCAUGAAGACAAGCCGUGACUCCUCUCCCAAGCCCCCUGCCAGUCCCCCUCGUGGUAUCUUGCGCCGAACUCAUGAGCCAAGCACCUCUGCAACGGAGGAAGAACGACUUGGGCUGGUGAAAGGCGACUCCCGAACUGCGCAACCAGAGGAGAGUUUUGGAGAAAAGCUAGAGCGUUGGUCGAGUAACGACUCCGAUCUGAAUGAAGUGCAACCUCAGCCCUUACGGGUCAGCCGUCCUCAUGCAGACUCUGUAUCAUCGAUGUCGACAGCCGCUUUCCCACCGUACGAGGAUCAUCACCACACCUUGUAUUCCUCACACAGCGCCUCCGCCUCGAACCCUUACUACCUACCGCACCCGCGACAAACGAGCGCAUCGCCUGAGCAUGUGGAAGAGUACGACGGAUGGCAACUCCCACAAUCUAGCACUCGAACCCACAACCGCACCCGAACAAACUCCUCGUCCCAUGGUCGUGCCCCUCCACCCGCACAUUCCUCCUUCUCAACACACCGCCGUCCAAACCCUCUCCCUCCUCUCCCCGAUGAGACAGCUCUAAAUAUGAGAUCCAUCUCCGUAUCAUCGGAUUCAUCCGACAUGGGCGUUGUAUCUGUUUCCUCUUCUACAGAGGGUCACGACGAUGAUAAUGUUGUUCAUGAUCAGACACCUUACCCAUCUCGUCGAGAUAGCGGCUGGCGUAGACACAUGUCUGAGAUUAGCAGUGCGGAUGGGGAUGGGGAGACUACACGAGGUGGUCGAGGAGCAUUUGUCUGA